GUUAGCCGUUAGCGUCGGUUAAACCGUCGCUCACAUGGAUCGUUUCCGGGGAGUGUGUGUCUAGCCGUGUAGCCAUGUUGUUCUUGAACACAUCCCCUAGUUUUCAUUCCCGGGUAAUUUUCUACCGAUAGGCUACAGCGUCAUGAGUACUCUUUCUGUUUUUUUUUUUAAUAAUUACAAUACAUUUAAUUCAGGGUAUGCUAUUCGAGCUUUCAUUCAUUGUCAUAAGACGGUUUGUUUUAGUUGCUGUUAGCUAAACUAUUCAAGCAGCAGUUGAGCUCCAGUUUGCAUCACAAGCAGAGGCAGAGGAGGGAUGUCGCGCGGUGAACUGGGGAAGCUGGACCCGGCUGUAUUCCAGAAGCAGUUGCAAAAUCUGAAAUUUAGCAUGGAGGAAGAUGGGGAUAGUAAUAUGUGCAUUGACACUGACUCGGACGCAGCAGAGAAGAAGGAUGGUUCCAAGUGUAAAGUCAAAUGGACUCAGGAAGAGGAUGAAAAUCUCAAAAUCCUGAUCAGCAACUUUGGGAAAAAAGAUUGGAAAACCAUUGCCAGUUUUUUACCGGGGCGGACCGAAUUUCACUGUAUGCAUCGCUGGAAAAAGCACCUGGAUCCUGAUUUAGUCAAGGGCUUCUGGUCCAGAGAGGAAGAUGAAAAGAUAGUGGAGCUGGUGGGCAAGUACGGCACCAGACACUGGUCUUUGAUUGCCAGGCACCUGAAGGGACGGUUGGGGAAACAGUGUCGUGAGCGCUGGCACAACCACCUCGACCCAGUGGUCAGAAAGAGCUCCUGGACCAAUGAAGAAGACCUCAUCAUCUACAAAGCCCACACUGUUCUGGGAAACCGGUGGGCUGAGAUUGCCAAGCUGCUCCCUGGAAGAACAGACAAUUCUGUGAAAAAUCACUGGAACUCCUCCAUCAAACGUAAAGCAGAGUUGGGCUUGUACAAAGACGAUGCUGACAGCAUUUCCCUUGAUAUUCAACAGUUUGUGGAAGGAGAGGUGGACUUCAAGUGUGAUGUUGUGUUAGACACUGAACCAGUAACUCCUAAAGUGGUCAGGCUAGAGAAAGUAAAGAAGCAGGAGUGUCAGAAAAUCAAGCAGAAGACAGCCGUUCUGCUUCCACAGACUUUAGCAUCCAUGAGUCCCUCCUUUCCCCCCAGUUCGAGUUCCAGUCCCAGCUCUAGCUCAGGCGCUGCACUAGCAGCUGCGCCGAUGGACCAGAAAAAGUUUGCCAAUGCAGCACUGCGGAUGAUCGCUGAAGACAUGCUGCCACUCAGUUUUGUUGAAGGUGCAGGCUUCAGGUCAUUCAUGAGUACCAUCAGCCCUGAAUGCCACAAGCUAUCCCAGCGUGUCAUGGGCCUACAGCUCUACGAUGAAGUGGAGAGAACCAUCAAGCCUCAGCUCAUCCGGGACCUUAAAGCCUGCCUUGCCAAAACCAAAGAGGGUGAGAACGCCAUUCAUGUCACCUUUGACCUCUGGGCAGGGGAUCAAUCCCAUCCAGUGGAGGAACCCAUUGUCAUCGUGCAGCUUCACUUUGUCAGUGAUUCCUGGCAGAUCCGCCGUCCAAUUGUGGCCUUCCGCCACCUCAGCCACAAAAACCUCAGCACCGCUGUUGCCAGGGAGCUUGAAGGUGUGCUGCUAAGCUAUGGCAUCUUUCCUCACAGCAUCGGCUACGUCCUCACCAACCAGGCCAAAGAAGCCCUGGCUGGGAACAAUUUGUUCUGCGACUACAAGAUCAUGUGCUCAUCCAACAGGGGAGAACCAGAUGGAGAUGAGAUGGUGGCAUUUCUGUCAGACCAGAUGUCUGAAAUAGAGUCCCCCUUUUCAGAGCUACAGAUUGGGACCAGGACCACCUGUGUGGCCCACACAUUGCAACUCGUGAUUAAGGAGGCACUGAAGAACUCAAGGGUUGUGGAAAAUCUGCUCUUGCAGGUCCACAACGUGGUGGCUUUUUUUAGGAGCAGUGCCUACUGGAGCGAGGUCUUGUUGAAGGAGUGCAACGUGUCUCUGUGCCCGUCCUCCAGUAACUGUCGCUGGAACUCCAUGAUGCUAUCUUUACGGCGUAUGGUGCAGGAGUCUGCCUGGAGCGCCAUCAUGGCUCUCCUAGCCCAGGCACGCAUCGAGGCUAACAACACAGCCAGCGCCCCGCCUCUGGUCAUGGCCAAGAGGGAGCAAGUGAUUGAUAUCCUGGGUCUCCUUGAGCCCUUUGAGGAGGCCUUGCAGGUCCUGCAAGGAAAUGGAGUGACCAUCUCUUUCAUCACACCUUCCCUCAUUGGCCUUGAUAAGACCUUGGAGAGCCUUGUCACCAACUACACCCACUUUAACAAGGCCCUGCGCACAGGCCUCCACACACACUUCCAGUCCCUGAUUCACCAGAAGGACAUGAUACUAGCUGCCGUGCUGGAUCCCAGGAUCAAACUGCAGCCAUUUCCUGAUGCCAAACUGGAGGACCAGACAGGUUUCCUAACACCCCCGUCAAAGUAUCAGGCUCGCACCAUCGUUGAAUCCAUAUUAGAAAGCAUGAAGCCCUCAACAUCUCCCUCUGUAGAGGGAGAUAAAGACCAGACAAGCAAUGAGUUGAAGGAGCAGGAUGGCGAAAAGGAGAGCCAAGACAACACCUUGAUGGAGACAUCAGGUGGCAGCUCAGAUGACAACUGCGACGGAGUCAGCGGAAACAACCUCAAGCGCAAGUCCAUCUUUAAUUUCCUCCAACCGCCUGCAAAGACCAUGAAGACAGCAGAGCUUGAUGUGUACCUAUCAGAACCACUGUGGGAAAGCAACUCCAGUGUGUUGUAUUGGAAGUCUGCAAAUCGGUUCCCCCUGCUGCAGGGCAUCGCCAAGAAGCUGCUGGCAGUACCGGCCACCUCAGGGGGCUUUGACCGGCUGUGUCCGAUGGCAGUUUGUAUUGUAAGAGCCAAGAGGAACCGCCUGCCACCUCACACUACAGAGAGACUGCUUCUAUACAAAAACUCUUUAAAGACAAAGACUGUAAAAAAGUCCAGUGGGGUCGCUAAACACUAAUAUGUUAAGUCACAAUUGGGUCUGAUUAUUCUGUCCACCACCCAAAGAACCUCCACACUUGGCUUCGCCAUACACCCUAUUCUGCUUCCACAACCAAUUGAUACCAUCCCUUUCAAUUACAUUUCUUCAAACAUUGGAUCAAACUAACUGCAUUUAGCAUCAUUUCAACCUUGCAGUGGUAGUCAAAAGGAGCAAAAUAUAUUAAAAGUAUAUGGAAAAUGAGGGCAAUCUACUUAGAAUAUCUCUUUUGUUGAAAUAAGAUGCAGCACAAUGGCAACCAGCAGGCUACCAUCAUAGUGCACAAACAUGUAAUUUCCCUGUGGAUAGUGGAUUGAGAGUGAAAGGCAGAUUAUCUUUGCCUGUCACACAAAGCUGCUGAACAGCAUUCCAAAAACAAUAUAAAAUAAGGACUUGUUAUAUUUGAGCAUAAUUCAACAUUGUAAAAAAUGCAAUCCGAAGUUUAAUUUAAGCUGCCAUUAGAUCAUGCAUUCUCUGAAGACCUUGUGCUGCUGCUAACUUCUCACAAAGGAGAAAAUGAAGUAUCUGUGAUCAAAUUCCUAAUGUGUAAGAUUAGUCAUUUUUGGACUUUCUGACCCUUACUGGUAGUAUUAAUAAAGACACUGGCAGACCACAAUGCACAGCUAUACUUUUAUGCCAUUGAAACAGUUUAAAAGCUGUUACAAUAAAAACAAUAAUACAAGUGCUACCAAUCACAGCUUUAACAUCAGCCUGUGAUAUUUUUAGCUGUAAAUCACAGCGUGGGUGCAUGGCUUUUCAGUACCUAAAGCAAAACGUUUACGUGGCGAAUAUUUUCUAGCAAAGAUUUUGUGCCAGAAAAUACACUGCAUUUUGUAACACAUUUUUUUCCCUUGUAAUUUAUUUGUUUUGUAUGCUGUACAGCAAGUGCAGAUUAACUGUUUUGGGUCACUUGGCAGCAAAUUAAAUAAAUAAGAGUAUGCACCUUUAUUUUCUUAGUUUUCUUUCUUUUCUGUUUUUACAAUUUUAUAUUUUUCAUUUGUUUUUGUUCAGUGAUACUUUACAAUGCUACUGCUACAAUGAAUUGUUUUCUCUUUGAUGAUCAACUGUUUUUGCUCUUAACUGAAUUGUAAUGUCUGAUGGGGUUGAUGGGACGGGCCAUUCUGCAUCUUACAUUGACAUUAAUGGACUGGUAGACUUUUAAACAAAGUAAAGUUCACACAAUGACAGCUGCCAACUGAUUUUCUUGCAGUGAUGAUUGUUCAUAUUGUAAUAAACACCAGUGUGAACUUGAGUCCUUUGACCUCGUAUGUCUCUUCAUGGAAAUAUCCAGAGAAUGAACUUGUAUUAAAGAAUAAAGCUACUUUCUCAACAA